AUGAACGCAAAGCAGAAAUCAAAUCCUGAACCUAAUAAGGAUGACUUUUUUCAUUUGACUUCAUAUAUUUGGAUAGUCAAAGAUUUUCAAGAUAUUUACUCCCAUAUGGAAACAUCACAAUUCAUUUUAAGUGAAAGGUUUUAUUCACCAUCAACACCAUUAACGAAAGAAGGUCAAGAAAAAAAGGAUGAUAAUAUUUGGAGAUUUUUACUAUACCCGCGAGGAAAAGUUGGUGUUUCAAAAGAACACAUGUCACUAUUUUUAUUUCCACUUCCAAAUGAAUAUGAGAAACAACGUCGAAUAUUUUAUCGACAAGCGAUAUACCGAAUUGAAAUGUAUGUUAAUAACAACAAUACUUGUACGAAUAUUACAUCAAUGGACCCAAAACAUAAGGAUAAGAUAUAUAAUCAUAUCACCAGAAUAAAUAAUAAAAUUAACAGAUGUGGAGAGUAUGAUUAUUGCGAGCUCAAAAAUAUUUUUCCCGAUGAUUUAAAUAAAACGGAGAAAACUGAUUUGAUUUUCAAAAUUCAUUUUUAUUAUGAUAAGGAAAAUACAAUUGAAAUAGGUUCAUACGAAAAGAAUUCUAAUGAAUCAAUAAUACCAUCUUCAUCAUUUGAAAAUUAUUUUAAUGAUGAUAGUUUUAGUGAUAUUACAUUUAAAUUUAAUUGUGGAUCCGAAGUCAGAGCGAGUCGACUUGUCCUUGCAAUGAAAUCAUCAUAUUUUAAGGCUUUGUUUCAAGGAAAUUGGAAAGAAUCAAAAUCACCAGUAAUUUCAAUUAAAGAUGUAAAAUAUGAAUGUUUCAAAAGAAUGAUUUAUUUUUUAUAUAGUGGAAAACUUGAUAAUGGACUAUCAUUUGAAGAAUUAAAAGAUUUAUAUAUUGAAGCAGAUGUUAGAGAUAUUGUGGAUUUAAAAAGGGAGGGAUCAAAAAGAAUUGUUAGACUCGUUGACGAAACUUCUUGGGAUGAAAUAUUAUUGAUAGGUUGGCAAACAAAAAAUUUGGAAAUGAAGGAAGCUGGGUUGAAAUUUUUUAGUGAAAAUUGGAUGAACAUCAAAAAUUCAGAUAAAAUGAAUAAUGUCAUUUCUAAUGCAAAUUUUGAUUGGCUUGAUGAGUUGUAUAGGGCAAAACUAUUUGGUAUAAAGUAA